UGAUGGCGCUUUUCUUCCCGCUGGAGUGCAGCGUCUGAUGCAUGUCAUAUGGGAAGUUGGAGCCGUGCGAGGAGCCGGCGGUCGUUCGGUGUAAGGUGUUCGGAGAUCCGACGUUUUGGACCCAGAAGCGGGGUGGUGCGCUGAAAUGGCACGGUGACCACCUUCACGUCCUUCGGCGGGCUGCGAACUGCUGACAUGGCGCGAUGUCACACGUCUCCACUGAGACGCGGAGCGGCUUGGACGAGUGGAAUGCUUGCAGGCUGUCUCCUAUUGCUCUUGUAAUCUGUGAUAAAUCACCCAGCUGGUUCCGCGAAGCUUUAAGCCAGGUUGUGGACCUUCACGAGCGUGUGCUGGGUGGCGUCACUCGGCGCCCGUGACGUCCCUACGGCUGGCGGCUGCCUCGGUCUGACGGCACCAGUGGCACCGGCUCACGUGCGUCAGUAGCUCUCCGGAGAGCUGUGGCGGAUGCAGUUGAGCAGCCAGCGAACAGAAGGCGUCGGGGCAAGAUCUGUGUCACAGGACGGAAGCUACUGAGGACCUUCUAGGGUUGCAGUGGGUUAACUGCUUGCCUUAGAGACCAGAGCUACGGGCUCGAUUCUCUGCGCUGCCCGGGCUUACUGUGGGGAUAAGAGACUGGCGAGCGCAUCGUAAAGCCCCGGCGACAACGGCAACUAAGGGCUGUUGCUCUCUCUAUCACUAACACAAGCCGGAGCGAAUGUGAAGAGCGUAUGGACCGGGUGGUGCUACUGCCGCCGCUGCCGGCCACGGAGCGGGAGACAGCGACGGUCCUCUUCACACAUCUGACCAUGACUGGAGACAAGCCUUGCAAACGCGAGCUCGGCAUGGGAGGCGAACCGUUAUACAACCGAGCCCGGGGCCGUGCGGUGAUCGGAGGCGGCAAAUGGGCCUGCCUAGACCCCGGACUGAGCCUCGCAGGGCUCGAUUGUCUGGUGGUGUCGUCCCGACCGCCGCAGGAUGUGUCCUUCGACAAGGCGGCCGCCCAGUUCGGCUGCGAGGUCCGCUCGCACGGCCCGGACCGGCCGCCGCCGCAGCGCCGGGUUUAUCACCGCACCUCUCCUCUGUCGCUGGAGCUGGACCAGCUCCCUGGCAACCAGCACCGCCCCAUUAGCCUUUUGGCGCUCGAACUGGACGCGGCGGCGCUGGCGCGCUUCCUCGAGCGGCCACCAGAGGCGCUGGCGCGGCGCGUGGAACAGCUGACCGUGCGGCUUAACCUGACGGCGGUGCUGGUACCUGACGGCCGGUCAGGGAAGCUGCAGGACGCGGCGAGGAAGCUUCGCCGGCGGCUAUACACCGGUCUGCUAGGGCUUCAAGAGCGGGGUUUCCACCUGUUCUCGGCGACCGCCGUGGAGAACUCAAACGGACAAGAUGUGACCGUGGCGGGGGUAGCGGAGGCUGUACCGUCGCUCACGGAGGUCGCCUGGAUGAAGGUGCUCUGUUGAGUGGGACUGGACGCGACAAAGCACGCGCGAGCUAGUGGCAAAGUAGUGCCAAGGUAGUGUUGCCGGCGCGAGGCGGAUGAAGGCUUUUCUGUGCGGCCCUUUUGCAAGCGCGCGGCUGGCUGAUUGUUCCGAUUUAUCUAGCCUCAUCUCACGUUGCAUGUUUCGCACGCCUGUGGUGAUGGAGACGAAGGACAUGUGCAAUUAUUUUGGUGGAGUGUUGGAAUCUUAAAAAUACAGCAGGCCGAUGUGCAGAAAGGGCGCAAAAACAUGCGUACAAUUUACACAAAACCAUCAAACGAGUAAUCGACACAAGUCAUCUCGUCAAAAGAUUCCGCGGACCGGUUCUGCAAGCAUGACAAUGGAUGUCACGAACACUAAUCGGGGGUUACAAAAGGAAAUCAACGCGCACGCUAGCUUUUUCUUCAGCAGACGCCUCUGUGGUAUAC